GCACCUUUUGCGGCCGCUGCGGCGUUGUGGAGCUUCGCGGAAGCUCAGGAGCCGCUUUGAUCUAGAGCGAGGUCGCGGUGAUUUGGCGAUGAAGGAGGGGCAUCUGCGGCGCUUGCCGAGGGAGGUGUUGUGCGCCGUGCUGCAGCAGAUGCGAGGCUUUGCGCCGCUGGCCGUCUGCACCCCAGUCAUCCCGGACCAACCAUGCCACGCGGGAGAUCCCUUUGCAGAUGAUGCAGAUCAUCCACACGACAGCAGUUAUCAUCACGUCGCACAGCUGACGCCAAGAGUCAUCUCUGCCUCUCCCACUGCACAGAGGCCAAGGCGGUUCAAGAGCCGCAAAAACAAGCCGGCUCGCGCAGAGGAGUGGAGAAUGGUCGUGGCUGCAUCGGCUGGAUCAUCGUCUUCGCGAGAGCUUGCUGAGCAGGUGGAGGCGGCGAGCAGACGCAAUGACACCAGCGAGCUGCUUCGGCUACACCGUGCUUUGGACGUCGACACGCUCGAGAAGUGGGACCUGGUCAGCGUGAUGAAGGCCUUCUCUCGCGUGAGAGCGCUCGAGGCCUCCCGCUUCUGGCCUUGUGCGUGCGACCACCUCCUCGGCAACGGGCUGCUUGUGGAGCUCUCCCCGCUCGCAAUGGGGUUCGUCAUGAAUGCGCUGGCCAAGGUGCCCAGGGCCGCCCGCAACCACCCUCUCCUUGACGCACUCUGUGGCGUGGCUGCGGCACGUCUAUCUGAAUUUCCCCCCUCUGCUUUGACAAUGGUGCUGGCCGGUCUGGCGCAGAGGGACCACCGGACACGGGAGAGCAUCUCGCUGUUCGUGGAGAGCGCCAAGAGGGCCGGGGGAAUGCUUGGCGCUUUCAAGGUUGCGGAGCUGACUCAGCUGCUGAAUGCCUUUGCGAGAAUGGAGGUCGUUGCCCAUCAUGGACAAAGCGCGGCGGUGGUUGUGGUGGAUCUCUUUGCCCUGGCCUCUUCACGCCUCGCCGGGUCGAGCGAGCGGCUCAAUGCGCUUGACGUGUUUUUCCUCUGCAACUCGUUCCGCCGACUGUCGAUGAGCCAACCUCACGAACAAGACCACCUGCCGCACGAGGUGCGUCAGCGGUUUGAGUCGUCUGUGGGGGUGUUAUUCGGGCGGCUGUCGCAGCGCAUUCGGCAGGGUGAUGUGUGUGGCGAACUGACGCCCCAGAGCAUCGCUGACAUUGCCUCCGCGUUCGCAAGGUACCGGCCGAGUGACAUGCGGCUCUUCCGCACUCUGGCCGAGCGCACGAAGGAAUGCCACACGUGAGAAAAGGGAAACACACACAGAGAGAGAGGGGGAGGGGGGAGGGGGGGAAUGAGCGACUUCUUUCUUGCUCUCCCUCCCCUGAGCUGUGCAGUUCUUUCGACCAGAAGGCCGCUGCAUUGCUGCUGGUGGCUCUGUGUGAGGUGUCCUACUACGACCCCUGUCUGCGCAUGCUCAUGAGCCGGCAGCUGCUGAAGCACCACGUCGGGAACAAGAACCCGAUCGUCCCUCUCAGCGGCUCCAUGCUGGCGCAGGUGGCACAUGCGUGCAGCAAGAUGGGGCAGAUGGAACGAUAUGCCUAUGGCGCUGCACACGAGUGGAGAAAUGACAGGUAAUGGACCGAUGGACGGAUGGAUGGAUGGAUGGAUGUGUGUGUGUUGAUUGGGUCUGUGCAGCUCGUUGCAUCCGUGGAGCCGCGCGUCAUGGUCGCUGAACCUGCACAUGACCGCCUUCAUCCAAGGACAAGUCGCUCUAAGGCUGGUAUGCAUGGGGAGCAAAUUGGGAGACCAACUCACACCAAAACACGGACACACACACACACACACCUCUGUGUCUCAGGGCCAGUUCGACUACCGCCAGCUGAUAAAGCUGUGCAUGGCGUCCCUCUGCAGCCCCCACCUGCUCGCGGCCCUCCCCUUCCCCCCCGACGCACCCACCGCCCCGCCACACAUGGCCCUACACAGAGGCCACACACAGCCCUCACAGCUGCAGACCAUGAUCCGAGUGCCGCUCCUCUUCCCACUGGUCGAGAGAGCCCUGGGAGAGUGGGAAAAGACGGCCACGCAGGGCCGUGAUGGAGGCGAUGCCGCUGCUGGUGGGACGGAGAGGCGGUCCCUGCUGACUGUGUUGGCGGCCGUCCAGCUGGGAAUAGCUGAAGGCAUCACGGCGGCCAUGCGCAGAGCCUUGUCUGAGGAGGCAAGAACAGAGGAACAGGAUGGAGCUGCUGCUGGUGGUGGUGGUGGUGGUGUGCUUCUCGAGGCUGGUGUCCGCGAGUCUGUCCGGCGGUUCUCGGUGUGGCAAGACCGCCGAUAUGCCUGGACAGAGAGAGAGGGAGAGGGAGAGUGCGCCGCGGGCAAUGGCGCAGUUUGCCAGCCAGAAGCGGACACCCGCACGCACAUACCGGCAGCAGGUAAGGAAGUGCAUGUAAGUGCUGACUGACGAGCAGUCUGCCUGUCCCUCUUUGAUCAGGUGUUGUUGGUGUUGGGUGUCUAAGGCUGGAGAGUCUCGGCGCGGCAUCGGCUCUCAUCAGAUCGCUCGGCGACGCGCCGAUGAGGCCGCCCGCAUCGUCCGCUGCUCAUCGCGACGUGUGGGCGAUGGUCGUCAAGGCGUCCAGGGAGAUUGAGGAGACGACACACCAGUGAGCAACAGAUACACACUUGUAGACAGGGAGAUGUCGUCAUGUGGUGUGUGUGUGUGUGGGUCUUCAGGCCAUGUGUGGUGUCUGAGAUGACUGCAGGACCAUACACCAUCGUGAGCGACGUCGCCGACACACACGGAUGCGCAGACACACACGUGGAUGGUUUGGUUUGCUGCAUUCAUUCAGGACAUGAUGGUGGUGGCUCACUCGCGCGCACACAAGCGGCACGAGGUCGUGCCGGGUGCUGUCGAUUGAAGGAAUGGGCUGAUUUGAUUGAUGGGGUGAAAGACCGUCGUCGAUCAGACUGCAAACGUGAGGGAGGUGCCUGGGGGGGUGGGUGCCAAGGUAGCCG